UUGGACGCGGGGGCGGGGCGGAAGCAGCGGCUCCAGGGGAGGGGGAUGGAGGGGCGCGCGACGGCUGCGGCGGAAGCGGCGGCGGCGGAAGCAACUGUGGGGGCGGGCGCACAGGUGGAGGACGAGGAGGAAAAAACUAUGGCGGCGGCCAUGGCUGCCAUGGCAGCGGGAGGCGCGGGCCCAGCCGUGCUGCAGGUGGCCGGCCUCUACCGGGGCCUGUGCGCCGUGCGCAGUCGCGCUCUGAGUCCGGGCCUCGGCCUAGGCCUUGUGGGGACCGAGCAGCUGCGGCUUUUCUCCGUGCGCCGGGGCGCCGGGAGCGGCGAGGCCGAGCUCGAGACUAACCCCUACUAUGACAAGUACCGGGACAAGAUCCAGCAACUGCGCAGGUCCGACCCCGCGGCCUUCGAGUCCCGCCUGGAGAAGCGGCACGAGCUGCGCAAGCAGCCCGUGGGACACUCCAAGCAAGCCGACUUUAUCAAGUGUGUGGAGCAGAAGGAAGCCCUGGGGAAGCAGUCUUCAAAGAGAGGAUUCACUAAAGACAAGACGCUCAGCUCAUUCUUCAACCUCGAGAUGGUGAAAGAUAAAACUGGAGAAGAAAUCCGGCAGAUUUGGCAGCAGUAUUUCUCUACAAAAGACACCGUCUAUGCCGUUAUCCCAGCGGAGAAGUUCGACUUGAUCUGGAGCCGGGCCCAGAAGUGUCCGUCUUUCCUGUGUGCGCUGCCCAGGAGGGAAGGUUACGAGUUCUUUGUGGGACAGUGGUCAGGGCCCGAGCUCCACUUCACUGCCCUGAUAAACAUCCAGACUCGGGGGGAGGCGGCGUCGAGCCAGCUCGUCUUAUACCACUUCCCUGAGCUCAAGGAGGAGAAGGGCAUCGUGCUGAUGACGGCAGAAAUGGACUCCACGUUCCUGAAAAUCCCUGAAGCUCAGUGCAUCGCCAACCAGGUGCAGCUCUUCUAUGCCACUGACCGCCAGGAGACCUACGGCCUCGUGGAGACCUUUAACCUCCGACCCAACGAGUUCAAAUACAUGUCUGUUAUCGCAGAACUGGAGCAGAGUGGGCUUGCAGCUGAGCUGAGACCCUCCCGAGAACCGGACACGGCCUAGAGCCGAGCCCAUUGUACUGAGGGUGGUGGUCAGUCGUGGACAGGGUCCCGAGGACAUUGUGCUUCUAACACACACUCUCACUCACACACACAUACUCACACUCACUCACAGACACACACUCACACUCACUCACACACACACACUCACACUCACUCACACACUCCACACUCACACUCACACUCACUCACAGACACUCACACUCACUCACACACACACUCACUCACAGACACUCACACACAGACACACUCACUCACAGACACUCACACACACACACUCACUCACACUCACACACUCACACUCACACAGACACACACACACUCACACUCACUCACAGACACUCACACACACACACUCACUCACUCACACACACACACUCACACUCACUCUCACACUCACACACAGACACACUCACACACACACACUCACUCACUCACAGACACACACUCACACUCAGACGUGCUGAAUUCCCUCGGUGUGCUCCCCAGUGGGGAGGGGAUCCCAGAGUCGGCCCCUGCUGCUCGGCCUGCAGCCCGCCUCAGGCUCCCUGGGUGUCCUUGGGAAGCAGGGGGAAGCCGGCUCAGAGACCCCCAGGCCCCUUGGCUUAACAUCCCUCCCCCAGAACGGGACCGCGUCGCAUGCCAGCGUGUGGGCUCUGCAGGCCCGCCGUGCUGGGCGUCCCGGGGUGGUCGUAGGAGAGAGGGCCGCCCUGCAGCCGGGCCCGGGGCCCUCCCCGUGGCAGGCCGGGCCGGCACCUUUCGUCCGCAGGUGUCCGCGUGGCUUAGCUGGCACUGCGUGGGCUUGGCCGGGCGCCCUCUUGUGACCUCCAGGGCUGGCACUUGGUGGAGACAGCAAGCAGCGGCCCCUGGGCGUGCCCCUCCCCCACCGCGGCCGGCCUCCUCCUGCUCCCCUGCCCUGUAGGAGUCGCUGUGCGGGCCGGGCCCUGCUCUCAGAAUGAUGUCCAGCAGCGCGGGGCCCGUCGGGGUCGGCACACAACAGCGGGCACGAUCCUGGUCAAGCAAUAAAAGCGCUUCUGGCUCUCCGUCUCA